GGCUUAGAGUCCGAAACACCCGCGCCAACUUCCAAGCGUCGGCGCGUAGCUGUCGCCUGUGAUGCGUGCCGCACGCGCAAGUCUCGGUGCGAUGGAACUAGGCCGCGGUGCUCGCUUUGUCGGGAUUUGGGGUUCGAGUGUAUCUAUACGCCGCCUACUACUGCAACGAAUGUGAUUGUUCAGAAGGAUUAUUUGCAUGGUCUUGAAGACAGGGUUAAGAGGCUUGAGGGGUUGUUUUCUGAGGUGCGAGGGGAGAUUGAUGGACUCAAUGACAGAAUUGAGGGGCAGGUUGGGAAUUUAAGGGAUGUUUCUGAUAGUGGGUUAGGGGUGCGAAGUGUUGUUAAUGGAGAUACUCAGGUAGACAAGCAGAGGGAGCAGGUGCAGGUUCAUGUUCCUGAUUUAAUUGGGACAGAGGACUCGGUUGAUGGGAUGGGUGCAGUGACAUUGGCUAAUGAGGAGGAUUCGGGAUUCUUCGGUCCCUCGUCUAAUAUCGCGUUCUUGAGACACCUUUCUCGCGCCGUUGUUCAACAAGGGUACCUUCUUUCGCCGGGGACCGCCGAAGGCGGCUUUGUGAGUGCUUCACGUCCACCAUCUCCGACCCGUCGAAAGUCUGGAGAUAGAAAGCCGCAUGUCAAUCUCUUUUCGUUACCUCCUCAGACGGAGACGUUGGCGAUGAUCCAAAGAUACUUUUCAAACACUGGGUUGCUGUUCCCGUAUAUCUAUCCGCCUGUGUUUCUUGAGACAUAUCACCAAAUGAGCAGGGAGAACUUCAAGAAAGUGCGGAGAACCUGGCUUGGCUUGUUGAAUAUGGUGCUGGCCAUGUCGAGUAUGACUGCGGCGACCGGUGGUGCUAAAGCGGACGUGCGGAUUGCCGAGUCGGACAUUUUUUAUGAGCGGGGCCUUGGGCUUUGUGGCAGCGAGAUUCUUCGAGGGACUACUUUAGAAGUUGUUCAAUUUCUCCUCCUGAUGGGCCAAUACCUCCAGGGGACGCAGAAAUCCGUACAGGCGUGGACCGUUCACGGCUUGGCCGUAAAAGCUGCUCUUCAGCUUGGAUUACAUUCUCGAAAUGCUUCCAAGUCAUUUUCAACCCUCGAGCAGGAAAUGCGGAAACGCACUUGGUAUGGAACAUUGAGUAUGACCUUCGGGAGACCUGCCGCUAUCCCGGAUAACUACGUGAAACUUGAUUUGCCUUCGAAGCGAGAUUUCGAUGAAUCGUCUGCUCUUGUGAAUGAUGAAACAACCUUCCUCGGCCUGACCUUCUUCAAUUCCACAAUUACACUCUAUAAACAACUCUGGAAUGUUUUGGACCUUCUAUACGGCCAAAACGUCGGAUGCGAUGGCCCUCUCCCUACUACAGAAGUCAUUUCCAAUAUCUUCUCCAUGGAACAACGACUCUUCUCGUGGGAGAGAUCCCUGGACCCAAAUCUCCAGUUAAUUUCAACAUCCCAACUCAACGGUAUGCCUCGAGAUCCAAUAACCGCCAGCUUUGAAUAUUAUUCAUGGAAAUUCCGCGUCAUCUUGACUUUGCGGUAUCUCAAUUUGCGCGUCUUACUUCACCGGCCCGUCUUGGUCAAAUUCAUCGCCGCAAGCAGAUCCCAAAACCGAGACCCACAAGACCUAAAACUCCUACAGCAGAUGGGGUUGAAUAGUAUGCAGAUCUGCGUUGAGUCAGCGAUGGAGAUCAUUGGUAUCGUGCAUGGUGUUGUCUCUGAGCCUGGGUGGAAGCAUAGUCUCCUGGGGGCUUGGUGGUUCUCUUUAUAUUACACAUUUAACGCUGCUUUGGUGAUCAUCGGUGCCGUUUGGGUCUAUCGCGACGAAAGUCUAAGCACGACUUCAAUGACCGCGCAGGCGAAGGAAGCAGAAAAAUAUCCUGGUCUUGCGGCGGAGGCACUUGCCAAGCUUGACGAUGGAAAUCGCUUGGUGGACCGCUGCAGGUACUAUCUGGAACAAUUUAAUACGGUCCUGGUUAGCUCUGAACCGGAGAUCAACGGGGCGAUACCCCCCUUCCCAUCUCUUAAUAGCGCUCGAGGCACCUUACCUCCUGCUGACUUUGGGUUAUCCCCAUUUGGAAUGGAACUUGGGGAGUUCAUGAUGGAUGACGAUCUCGUUGCCAUGAUCGAUAGACAAGGGAUAUUGUCAAUGGAGCCAGGAUCAGCUUAUCAUCCAUGA